UGCCCCUUGUCAAAUGUCAUGUGAGGUUAUAAAACCACUAGAGGCAGGAUCGAAUAAGCAACUUUAGAUAUAUAUUUGCAAGCCUAGGACUACAACACAGAAUUAAUUAACACACCUAGAAGGUUUCCUCAGCUGCUAACAUGAAGUUGAUUCCGUCCCUUCUUGUGAUCUCCUGUUUCCUUUUGUGCCCUAUCCACUCUGUACCAACUGAGGAUCUGAUUGUAUCUAUGCCUGGACUGAAGACACAGCCACCAUGGAAGCAGUACUCUGGCUAUCUCAAUGCUACUGGUAACAAGAAGCUCCACUACUGGUUUUUGGAAUCCCAGAACAAUCCUCAUACAGACCCUGUUGUUCUAUGGAUGAACGGAGGACCUGGUUGUAGUUCUGAUCUUGGACUCCUCAGUGAACAUGGACCAUUCCGAAUUAAUUCUGAUGGGAAGACUGUUUAUUACAAUUCAUACAGCUGGAACACUGUAGCAAACAUGAUUUAUCUGGAAGCUCCAGCAGGUGUUGGCUACUCUUACUCACCUGACAAAGAUUACAAGACAGACGAUGACCAGGUUGCCCUGGAUAACCAUCUUGCUUUAAAACAUUUCUUUCUCAAAUUUCCGGAAUACAAGGCCAAUGAGUUCUUUGUCACCGGAGAAAGUUAUGGGGGUAUUUAUGUUCCAACCCUGUCAGCUAGACUCGUUGACGACUCUAGCUUCAACUUUCAAGGCUUCGUUGUCGGCAAUGGACUCAGUGAUGGAGAGAUGAACACAGACUCGUUGAUCUACUUUGAAUACUACCAUGGAUUGAUUGGAGACAAAGUAUGGGCAGACCUAACUGAGGUGUGCUGUGGAGGAAAUAUCACUCGAUGCUCGUUCCUGGCCAAUGCCAAGGGAAAUCUGGCAUGUGAACACCUUGUAAGUGGCGCCUUGGGAAUUGUGUACUCCAGCGGACUGAAUGUAUACAACCUUUACGGCCCCUGUGAGGGUCAAAAAGGAUUUGUGUAUGAUGAGUCCAGGAAAAAAACUGACAUUUACUCACCUAAACUGGCCAUUUAUACAUUAUCCCCCCAUACAGAAACAGUUGAAGAACCGAAACAGAUGGCUUUUAUACAAAAUGUUCUGCAAGAAACUGUUGACAUUGAAAACAACGUAAGACUAACCCCUCCAUGCCUGAAUUACGACAACGUCAUCAGUUACAUGAACUCCGCAGAGGUGAGAGCCGCCCUCCACAUACCAAAGGAGGUCCAGAAAUGGGACAUAUGUAGUUCUGUGGUUGGUAUGGGGUAUAAAUCUCUAUACAACUCUAUGAAGGACCAGUACCUCAAAGUCCUGUCACACAAGAAACGUGUGAUGGUGUACAAUGGCGAUGCGGACAUGGCCUGUAACUUCCUUGGAGACGAGUGGUUUGUCAGCAGUCUCGGACAGAAGCUUGUGAGUGAUAGAAGUAUGUGGCACAUCAAGACAGGUGCUGGUGAACAGGUUGCAGGUUUUGUCAAACAAAUGGAAAACAUAUCUCUAGUCACUGUCAGGGGAGCUGGACACAUGGUGCCCACAGACAAACCAGGAGCAGCUUUACUCAUGUUCACAAGCUUUAUAAAAAACACACCGUUGAAGUAGAUAGAACAAUACUCCCAUGUAAAUGAAUAUCAAUAUUUGACAAAUUUGAUUCUAUUAAUAGAAACAGGGACUUUGACCUUGUAACCCUGAAACAUAUUUCAGAUAUUAUCAUCAAAUAGCUUGAUCAAAAUCCCCUAAUUAGGAAUGUCACAUGUGGGAUUAAGUAAUUACAGUGACAUCACUGUAAAUGUGGUUAUUUUCGCGGGGGUUAAUUUCGCAAUUUCUAUAUGCAAACCAUACGCGUAGAAUUAAUUUUUGCGAUUGAUCCACCCAUUUGUGGUUCGAUAUUAUGCCAAUUGAUAUUCAAAUAUUUCUUUUGGGGGAAAUUUUCGCGAUUAAAAGGACUCUGAGUAAUUAGCAAAUUUCCACGUUUACAGUAAUAUUGCUUUUAGCUUUGGCUUACCCAGAAUCAUAGACUCCUCAAUGUCGCAGUUAGCCUUUUAUAAAAUUUUAUCACAUUACUAAAAUGCAGCUGAGUGAUGAUAUUCAUACAAGAUGGCACAGGACAGAAAAGACAAAAGAAGCACAAUGUCCCCUCCCCCAGUAUAUGGUUGGGCAGAAAAAAUCCUGAAGACUGAAGAGGGAAUUAAUGUCCUUAAAAAGUCCAAACCUCUAAAUCUGUAGGUUACAUGGAGUACAUUUAUACCAGUGUGUUAAAUUUAUUUUUAUAUUAUUUAAUAUUUAUGAAGUGUAUGUACAUUUUAUAAUGAAAUUAUCCAAAAUUGGGUCUGAAAAUUUGUACAUUGUAUAUAAUUUACAUUUGGUAUGGGACAUAGCUUGUUAAACGUCCCUGAAUACUAACGCCAUAAAAUGUGUUCAGGGAUUUUGAUCACAUUCCACUGUACCUGUGAAUAGAUUUUACUAUAUCACAACUGGAAUUGGAUUUAAAGAUUAAAAAAAAAAGAAAAUUGUAUAAAUGCAUGUACUUAUGAACCAAAUGAAAAUGUUUCAUUUUAUAUCCAUAUAAAAAAAUUAAUACUUAUAGACAACAAAUUUGAAAAUUGACCAAUCUCAAUUACAGUGUGGUGCCAUUAUGAAACAGUUGUUCCUUGUCAUCCAGAAAACGGUGAACAUAGUUUGUUUUUGUUGACUGAUGGAUCAUUUGUCAUACGUUGUUAAUAUUUCCACUAGUUGUAUCUGUGGACCAUUUGGUUCAUCAAUAUUCAUCCAAUCAAGUUGUCUUUGUUGUUGUUAAGAUACAUACAUAUGUACUAAAGAUAUUGCAUUUACUUAAAUUUUUUAGAAAUCUGUACACGAACAUCAAUACGGGUUAGUUUCUGUUUGGUAUUCUGAUAGCUUGCUUUUACAUUGAAAUAUUAAGACAAUUUUAUUAAUUUCUAAUAUUAUUAUAUAAAGCAUAUACAUGUAUGUAUGUAAACAUAUUUUGUUGCAUAUUAAGUCUAUUUAAACAGAUUAGCCUUAGCUAUUGAAUGAAUGAUGGAUUGGCAUGCCAAUAGUUGUACCUGUUGUAGAAAACAAUUUUUUAUAGAAACUGUAAUAAAUUAUCACAAUCAUAAUUAAGUAGUAUGAUUUCAGCACAAAAAAGCUGAUAUAAGAUGACUGUUACAGUGUGGUUAUCUGGAUUAUGAAAGUUGACUGAUAAAGAUAUGAUACAAGAAUUAUAUUGCAUUCAUUAGACAAUAAAAUUAAGAUUACAUCUCUCAUUUCA